AUGGCCUCUCGCGGCGCCCAGUGCACGCUGACCUCUACAGUGCUCCGCACCCAGCCUUACUCUUCGUGCGCAUCCUAUCGUCCUUCGCUUGCCACAAUCUCCCGUACGCCACUCUCGCACACCCAGUCCAUCUUCCGUCAAACCCGCGCAGCCAGCGGCGUCCCGCAAAACUUGCUUGCCAGUUUGGAAAAGACUGCCAACAACAACCCCCAGAGCGCUACCGCCCAAAACGCCUUCUACUCUGCUCUGCUCCGCGCCGGUCACCACGAUAUCCUGGUCGAACGCUAUGACUCGGGUCGUUAUGCUACAAGUCCCUCUGUCGAUAACCUUUACUCCCGCGCUGUAGACAAAGUCGGUCAGUCCGAAUCCAAUCCAUCCGACGACAAUGCCCAAAUUGCUGGCCAGGCUGUUGCCUCUACUACCCGUGGCGGUAACGUUUCCGUCUCGCGUAGAGGCAAUGGUGCUAAGAAAGAGCCUCUUUACGUUGUGGUCGACGAAUCCCUCGGCGCAACUGUCUUUAAGUGGUUCAAGUUCAUAGUAGUGUUUGCCUUCACCGUCUACAUGUCUCUGGUCCUUCUCACUCUCUUCAUCGAUGCCACCGGUGUCAUCAAGAAGGUUGGUGGAGCCCAGGACAACCAAGCGAAACCCGAGAUGCAAAAGACUCGUUUCACCGAUGUCCAUGGCUGCGACGAGGCAAAGGAAGAACUCCAGGAACUCGUUGAAUUCCUCAAGGCUCCCGAAAAGUUCUCGACUCUUGGUGGAAAGCUGCCUAAGGGUGUUCUUCUCACUGGCCCUCCCGGUACUGGUAAAACUCUCCUCGCUCGCGCUGUCGCCGGUGAGGCCGGCGUCCCGUUCUUCUACAUGUCUGGUUCUGAGUUCGACGAGGUCUACGUUGGUGUAGGCGCCAAGCGCGUUCGCGACCUGUUUACCCAAGCCCGUGGAAAAUCGCCUGCGAUCAUCUUUAUUGACGAACUCGAUGCUAUCGGUGGCAAGCGUAAUGAACGUGAUGCCGCUUACGCAAAGCAAACCCUGAACCAACUUCUCACCGAGCUCGACGGUUUCGACCAGGAUACUGGCGUCAUUAUCAUUGGCGCUACCAACUUCCCUCAAUCGCUCGACAAGGCUUUGACCAGACCUGGACGUUUCGACCGUAAUGUUGUCGUCGGCUUACCCGACGUUCGUGGCCGUAUCAGCAUUCUCAACCACCAUCUCAAGAACAUUCGCAUUGAUGGCGAGGUUGACGCUACUGUUCUCGCUCGUGGUACUCCCGGCUUCAGCGGUGCUGAACUCGAGAACAUCUGUAACCAGGCUGCUGUCCGUGCAUCCAAGAACAAGGCCAAGCGUGUCACAAUGGACGAUUUGACCUGGGCCAAGGACAAGGUACUAAUGGGCGCAGAACGUCGUUCCGCCGUUAUCCAGCAAAAAGACAAGGUCAUGACUGCGUACCACGAGGGUGGCCACGCGCUUGUUGCCAUGCUUACAAAGGAAACGACACCCCUCUAUAAGGCUACAAUCAUGCCUCGUGGCCACGCCCUUGGUUUGACCCAAAUGCUCCCAGAACUCGACAAGGUAUCGGAAACCAGAGCAGAGAUGAUGGCUCAGAUAGACGUCUGCAUGGGCGGCAAGGUCGCUGAGGAACUCAUCUACGGACCCGAUCAAGUCACCACUGGUGCAUCUUCCGACAUUCAGAGCGCCACUCGUAUUGCUCACAUGAUGGUGACACAGGCUGGCAUGUCAGACAAGCUCGGCAACGUCGAUCUCAACUCCGACUACGCCCGUCUCUCCUCCGAAACAAAACAACUCAUCGAAAGCGAGGUCCGCAGACUGGUGGAAGAAGGCCACGCCCGUGCCACCAAACUCCUCAAUGACAACCGUGAAGGACUGGAACGUCUAGCGAACGCGUUGGUCGAAUACGAGACGUUGACCAAAGAUGAAAUGGAAGCCGCGGUGCGAGGGGAAAAGCUAUCGCCGAAAAAGCCAAUGGCUGAUCCAGAUGUCCCCGUUAAGAACGUUCCUGAAUUCCCUCUGCCACCUACAUUUUUGCCGCCAUCAAUAGGUGGUGGCAGUGGUCCCGGAGGUGUACCUUCCCCCAGACCCGCGCCUGGCGGUAAUGAAGAUGGACCUUCUCCUUAUCCUACCGGUCCUUAG